AUGUGCAAGGGCACAACCACCCAGAGCAAUCACAGUAAUGUGUUAUGUGCAAGGGUACAACCACCCAGAACAAUCACAGGAAAGUGUACAAGGGCACAACCACCCAGAACAAUCACAGUAAAGUGUUAUGUGCAAGGAUACAACCACCCAGAACAAUCACAGGAAAGUGUACAAGGGCACAACCACCCAGAACAAUCACAGGAAAGUGUAGAAGGGCACAACCACCCAGAACAAUCACAGGAAAGUGUACAAGGGCACAACCACCCAGAACAAUCACAGGAAAGUGUACAAGGGCACAACUACCCAGAACAAUCACAGGAAAGUGUGCAAGAGCACAGCCACCCAGAACAAUCACAGGAAAGUGUAGAAGGGCACAACCACCCAGAACAAUCACAGGAAAGUGUACAAGGGCACAACUACCCAGAACAAUCACAGGAAAGUGUACAAGAGCACAGCCACCCAGAACAAUCACAGGAAAGUGUAGAAGGGCACAACCACCCAGAACAAUCACAGGAAAGUGUACAAGGGCACAACCACCCGGUACAAUCACAGGAAAGUGUACAAGAGCACAGCCACCCAGAACAAUCACAGGAAAGUGUACAAGAGCACAACCACCCAGAACAAUCACAGGAAAGUGUACAAGGGCACAACCACCCAGAACAAUCACAGGAAAGUGUACAAGGGCACAACCACCCAGAACAAUCACAGUAA